AUGCAUUCACCCAUAUUCCCAGCAGCCCUCCUGCUCUCCCUUCUCGCUCCCGCCGCCAGCGCCCACAUGAUCUUCAACACGCCCUCGACCUGGGGUCUCGCCACACAAGGCGGCGACCUCGAGAAACCCCUCAACGCAGCCUUCGGCCCCAGCUGGCCGCACCACGGCGCCACAAAGGACACCGAAGAGGUCGUCACCUUCACGCCCGGCAGCAACCCGUCGUUCCCCAUCACGUGCGGCGAGGCCGCGGGCGAGCCGGGGAAGGCGUCGGGCGUGUGUAAGACUGAGGCUGAUUUCCACGGCGGCGGCGGCUGCGCACUGUCGAUUGCUUAUAGCUCUGGAGGAGCGCCCAAGCCGGAGGACUUUGUGGUCUUCUCCGUCACCCACGACUGCCCAACGUUCAACAAGUUCAACCACAACUUUGCCGUGCCCGCGAAUCUGCCGGCGUGCGAGAGCUGCGUGUGUGCGUGGCACUGGGUCCCGGAUCCGGACUUUGCCGCGGACGAGUCGUAUAUGAACACGUUCAACUGCGCGGUGGGCGGGACGACGAAGGGCAAGAUCACGGGCGGGAAACAGCCGAACUACUUUGGUGUGAGCGGGUAUGAGGGCGGCGGGGAGAGGCCCAUGUAUAAGAGCACGUUCCCGGCGGGGGCGCAGAAGCUGACGGUUGGGGCGGCGGGGAAGAGACACGGGGAUCUCGGUGACGACACAAAGAGAGCACACUACCGCAGUCGCUCCCCAGCGGAGCCGACGCACAUGGGUGACCACGAACAGAAAUCGGAGAGCAUCCCCGCCGUCGCGGUGUCCGCCUCGAGCCGCAGCCCCGCCGCUCCGUCCCCCCGAUUCUUCACAGGGCGCGCGAGACGGCGGCGGCAGAAGAGAGGGCGCGAGGGCAUGUGA